UGAGGCACCCGAACAUCAUCCACAUGGAAGACGUGUUCGAGUCGGACGUUAACAUCCACAUGGUGAUGGAGAUCAUGCAGGGCGGCGAGCUCUUCGACUACGUGGUGGAGAAGGGAACUCUUAGCGAGAGCGAAGCCAGCGUUAUCGUCAGGAAGGUGAUGACGAUGGCGUACCGCUGCCUGUGCCGUGUGUGGGGUACCCAUCCAACGCGAUUUGCGGGACACACGGCCAACGAACCUAGCGCCCCAUAAGAAACCCCGCACGUGCGAUUUGUU